UCUCUCUCUCUCUCUCUCUCUUACACACACUUUCUCUCUCUCUUACAUGUCUAUAAGGUAAAGGCGCGCGCGCGUGGGUUCUGUGUUAAAGAUCCCGCGGUUGCGUCGUGCUCGUGGCCGUGACAGUGCACGCGCGUGGGAGAACUCACAGUGUUUUUUUUCUAGACGUCUUGCACAAGGACUUAUCGGUGCGGCGAUGGAAGGGGUAAUAACGCGGCAAAUACCAUCACAGUGUUAAUUAAGGAGGAGCGAAAGAACGAGAGGAGAAGCAGAAGAAGGAGAAGAAGAAGCUGAGAGAGAAGAAAUGAAGAGCGGAGGACGGAACAUAGAGUGAGUGGAUCAGCGCGAAAACACAGAACCUUUACAGACACCGGGAGAGAUUAGAACAUAAACCCUGUGUUAUAUUACACAAGUGUUUUAUUAAGAGGCAGAACUGAGCGGAUGAAGAGGAACAUGAGGUUCUGUUCAGGAUGCUGGAUCUCGGUCAUGUCUGCGCUGCUGCUGCUGCUCAUCCCGCUGGAUGCACAGGCUAACUCUGUGCUGGGAAACAUGACCGAGUCCACAAACUCGACCUCUGUGACAGGAGAAAGUGACGGAGCAAAGCUGAACGAGGAGAUGUCCGAAUCGGUCAGCAACAUGUUCCUCAUCCUCCGUUCUGGACGCAAACCCAGAGACGGAGGGGAGCUCGGAAGUGGACUUCAGGAAGACGAACAUCCUCUAACUUCCACUCCGUCCCCUACAGAGACAAUAACCGAGGACCAGAAACUCAGCCUUGACUCUGCAGAGACUGACCAUCUUCUGCCCGAAGUGCCAAAAAAGGAUCUCUCGAGUAUGUCUACUAAAAGCCCCUGGCAUGAAGAUAAAAUGGAGUCUACGGUGUUUGAUUUGGAUGCAACUCAAGACUCGGACCUGCAGCGUGAGGAGCCUCAAACUACACUGACCCCGUUCCCGUCCUAUUCUUCGUCUCAUACCGAGUCCCUCACGGUGGGUUUCCUUGACACCAGAUCCCAUGGUAAUGAAUUCGUCCCUCCGUCUCCUACAGCCCAUGAGCUCCAAGGUCGUGACCCGACCUCCUGGGCGGUGCCCAACAGUUACAACUACCUCACUGUCUCUCCCUCCUCAGAAGAAGACACCACCAAACCCGAAGAGUACGACAACGAUCUGACCACCACACCUCCACCACCUCCACCCAGGACCUUCCAUCCACACAUCCCAAACCCCUUUAUUCCUGCUCGUGAAAGAGAUUCACCGACUAACCAUGAUAAACUGGGGAAGAGCAGCAGUGCUGGGUGUCGCAUGGGCUCUGUGCUUGUGAAUGGAACCUGCAAGUCUCAGUGUGAUACGAUCCCAAAUUACUGUUUAAACGGGGGCCAGUGCUUCGUGAUGGAAGGAAAUGGAGUCUUCUGCAGGUGUAACAUUCAGGACUACGUGUGGCACAAAGGCACUCGCUGUGAGUCCGUCAUCACCGAGUUCCAGGUCAUGUGCAUCGCCAUCGGAGCCUCGGCACUCACCGUGCUGCUGCUCUUCAUGAUCGUCGUCUGCUUCGCCAAGAAAUUGCACGUGCUCAAGACCGAGAACAACAAACUGCGCAAGCGCAGCAGCAGUAAGUACCGCCCGUCGUCGGAUCAGCACAAUGAUAAUUUCUCUCUGUCCACCAUCGCUGAGGGCUCCAACCCAAACGUAAGGAAACUGUGCGACUCUCCUCCUCAUGCUCGUGCUUUGGCUUACUAUGAUAACAUUAUCUGUCAGAAAACGAUGAGCAGAUACACCUGGGAGUGUAAGACCAAAGAGGAGCCGAGCUGUGAGGAUGAUCCGAACUCCCAGAAUAAGCUGGAGGAUGCUGUGAAGUCUCCUCCACCCAAAGAGGACGAGUCUCUGAACAUCCAGAACUCACUCACCCCAAAACAUGAGAACCACAAGGUUCUGGGUGAGGAGAACUCCUCGGAGGUAAACUCGCUGCAGAACAACAUGAUGUAGAGGAGAAAUCAAAUGACAAACCACACAGAUUCACCUCCACCUUCACCACCACAAAGUCUAUAAGCCCCUUCAUGCUUAAACCCAAUGAGAGUCCACUUAUAGGUCCCCAUUUUCUCAGUCUGUUUGCCCAUUUUUGCCUCACAAUUUACACACACACACACACACACACACACACACACACACUUAUUACACACACAGACACACACACAAACACACUUAUUACACACACACUUAUUACACACACAUACACACACACAGACACACUUAUUACACACAGACACACACAGACACACUUAUCUCACACACACACACACACACACACACACACACACUUAUUACACACAUACACACAGACACACUUAUUACAUACACAGACUUUUAUUAUACUCACACAAGAAAUAUGAUUCAAUUGACUGAUUAAAUUCUUUUGAAGAACCUAUCUGAAUGAAUCAAAAUUUUGAUUUACUUGAUUCGUGACUCACAGGAGCUUCAGUAACCACCAAAUUCACUGCCUUUGAGUUAUAAAUGAGAAAUUAUAAGGAGAUGACCUGUAAAAGAAAAAAAAAAACAAAUACUGUACUUUUUUAAUCAUCUAGGACAUGCUGCUCCUGCUCUCUGGUGCUUACAAACUGAUUCAUAUGAUUCAGUUAAAAGAGUCGCUCAACAAGAAUGAAUCAUUCACGAAUUGAUCAGGAGAUUUAUUUUUAGUUAUAAAUGGACUCAAUUGAUUCACUUUAGGAGCGGUUCAAAACGUUUGAAUCCUAAUACUCAAAUUACACACACACACACACACACACACACACACACACACACACACACACACACACACACACACACACACACACACACACACACACCUUGAUUUCUGGCAUGCGUCGUUGUAUUUUGUAUAAAAGAAUAAAAUAAGAUUAACCCGUGUAUGAGAUUUAAAGUGUAAAGUGUUGUGCUAGAGUGUUCACUCAGAGACGACUCGGUGUUCAGUGUCUGACUAAUUCAGUGUGUGUUUAAAUAUCAGAUCUAUAUCAGAUCAGCUCAGAUUGAUGUAAAGAUCAAAGCGCAGUGUGUCUCUGUUUCUUUUGAUGUGAUUUCUAAUCCUUUGAUGUACUUGUUUUUAUUUUGUACUUUUUUUGGAAACAGAAAACACACUUGUUGAAAUAAAAUCUUUUUAACAUGAA